UGGGGUGGCCAGACACCGACUAGACCCAUCGUCUGCAAUAACGGGCUCCUCCUCAUAACCGAAACCGCCUUCUCUUCGAUCCGGAGACUGCGGUGUCACUUCGAGCCUCGCAAGCUCUGGAUCGACGCCAUCUUCUGCAUCAACCAGGCUCUGGCUACGGAGAAAACCACCCAGGUGGCCAUGAUGGCUGAGAUCUACAGCAAAGCUCACCGUGUA